UUGAAGAAAAUAAACUUGUUCAAAAACAGCAUAGUUAAAGAGUAUACACAGAGUGCUCAUAGCAGCUAUCUUAGUCCUCAGAGAGGCAUAUUCUUUAGUUACUGAUUAACUGGAGUCCUGGAGCCGCUCAGCAACAGCUAUACAUUAACAUACUGAGCUGAGACUGACUCUGAUAGAGACUGCAUUACAGACUGACGCCCAGAGAGGAGAUGGCUACUUUAUAUAGGGAGAAUGAGUCAUCACUCAAGAUGAGUCACGUGUCACGAUGAAUUAGCAAUUUACUGUUAGCAGUUACAGCUAGCAGGCUUGAAAUGAUUGUGUAGGCCUUGUAGGCCGUGCCUAGGCCUUGCCUGCUUCUGCUCUCAAUAACCUUUGUUGCAUGACAAGUUGUCCCACAAAAACAAGGAUUUCUGCCCACCUUUCCUUUAUGACUCCCUAAAGCCUUAUUUACUGCAGCUUCGCUUUUGAAAUCAAUGCAGAUUGCCAUUUAAAGUUUUAAUAAUGCUGGAUGUUGUGGAUAUGUGCUUCGUAUGUUAAUCCUGUGUUUUUUCCCCCUGUUAAAGAUUGUCCGCUGUCAUUUGUAUAAUAUUAAUAAGCCUGACACCGUGGAAAACAGACGGAAGAAUCUAGUUCUUUUUACUUCAGCUGGUCUUGCUCCCAGCAUCCAGAUCUUCAACAGUACCUACUCCAAAGUCUUCUACUUCAAAAUGACUCGGGGAGGAGGUGUGGAUUCGUGGAGUAUUGAAAUCCAACGAGAAGAGUUAACAUAUAAUACAGAUGUUGCUCCAAUUGAGGAAUGGUUUGUAAAAUUUAAUAUGCAUCAUGGUUUAAAUAUGUUCACUACUACGGGAACCUUGUUGGAUGUUGUACGAGGUACGUUCUCUCUUGCAGAUCCUCUUCUUCAGUGGUAUUUGACCCUUGGUGAAGAGGUGGAUGUUAAUGAUACAUUGUCUGAAUUAGCCGAUAUCAAAAUAGCAAAAAGUCCUUGUGCAAGUGAUGUAGCAGUAAUUGGUCUGAUCUAUAGAACCAGAAAUAUAGGACUAAUUGUAGGAAUGACUGACACUGGAUUUAUGGAUGGGGAUACAUUGUGGUUUAACUUUUCCGCUACCAUUUGUGCCAUCUUGGAAAACGAUUGUCAUGGACUUGCGCUUGUGGAUCUCACCUUAACAAAUACUCGUCUUGUACUCCUCACCUCACUAGGAUUAUUUAUCAGUGAUGAUCUACGCAUUACAACUGGACAGCUGUUGCAGUUAGAAAGGACAACUUGUGACUCAGCAGACCCUUUCAGAAUCUUAACAGCUACACCAUGUAAAUUCACUUGGCAUGCUAAGUAUUUCCUUAUCUUUUCCCCCCUACAGGAUGAUUAUCUUAAAGCUAAAAUAUGGUACAACCUCCAGUGUCUAGCUAACAAAGAAUUAUUCGAAACGGACUAUGUUGGUCUGUCAUUCAACAAGGAUAAGUCAUUGAGCCAGGAAUCCACUUGUUUCUAUAGCAAUGAAACAUUUCAAAAAUGGCACAGCUGCUUGCCUCACAAAAUGAAAGGUGAAAGGCACUUUUCCAGACGGGUGGUUUCUUUUCUCGUUGAUUAUGAACAGAACACUGGCGUUGCUUUGUUAUCUCAACAGAAUCGGGCAUUGGUAUCAGUGCAUAAGUUAACAGACGGCAGCAUGAAUAAAAAAAGAAAAUUCCAAGCCUUCUGGUUUCCAGAUAAGAGAUUUAUAUCAAAUGGAUUGUAUUUUCACACAAACAGCCAUUUUCUGUAUGCAUAUGGCAAUCAGGUGUGGAUUUCUUUUGAUGGAGGCUGCACUUUUAUACCAUUAUUAACCCUACAGGCUGAGAUGAUUAUAGAAGCAGAUUCAUGUGUUUACACCCAAGCAAUUAUAUUUGUGACUGACGCGGCAAACCUUAUCUACACUAAGGCAGGUUUACUGACAUAUGCCAAGCUUAUCUCGCCGGCAAAGGGUAUAUUCAACAUGUACUUUGACCACAUGGGAAUAUUAAAACAUAUUUCUGUGAAUGAAACAGCUAACACAUUUGUAAAAGAGACGAUGUUGGAUGCGGACACUUUAAUGAAGAGAAUUAAUUUUCUCAUUUUGUUCCAGGAUAUUGACUUAGGUUUUGAAGGUCCUUUGGCUGUACAGUAUAUCACUGAAGAGCAAAUGAUAUUUUUAUACCACGAGCCACUGAUACCAAUAACCCGUGAGAGAUUCCGUAGUCUUCACAGAGGCAAAAGAUUAGAUUAUGAAAGCCAUAGCUUCAGGUCAGUUUAUCUUUUGUGUAAAUUACGCAUAUUCAUACAAGCAGCAGCAACAACAACAACAACAACAAAGGGAAAUGCAGCUUUUGCACAUUUAAUGAUGUUUUCAUUAUUUUCUUGUUUUCCAGGUCCUUAUAUAUUUAAAAACACCGAUACUGAGAAAACAGUGGUGAUUCCAGGCAGCAGCAGUUUCUUCAUUGUUCAAGUUCUGGAUGACAAAAAUGCUUUAGGAGAUGCUACUAUGCCUAAUAGGGUGCUUUUAAAUACAGACAUUCCACCUGGGAGGUGGUUCUUGUAUGACUUUGGCACUGUAAAUAACAGAAAAUGGAAAAUUGUUGUUGACAUAUGUAGACAUACAAUACAACAGUUUGAUGACCUACCACGCCAUGCCAUUAAAUACAUGGAUAUUGGGUCAAAGCUGGAAUUUAAAUUCAGAGUGACUCCAGUUAAUCUAGGUAAGACUGCAUAUAUAUAUUGUCUCUCCGCUCUUAAUUUUCGGCAUUCAGGAACUGAAACAUUCAGCAACGGAGCCGUUCAAGUUCCAAGGUUUGACCAUACCAUGAAGAAUGGUACUGAAAAGCCACUGAGAACUCCAAGGGACAAGGUCACACCUCCCCUCCAUAUCUGUCUUGCGUAUGAUGUGUUUCAUGAUAGGCUAUUGUGGGUAGCAAUUGGAAGGCCUUCUCUACUGGAUGUGAGCGCAAAAUCUUACUUUGAUGACAACAAUAGCAAUUUAAUCAAGAUCACUGUUCACAGUAAAUUUUUUGAACAGGGUAAAACCACCAUAGCUGUGAUGAUCCCAUUGGGAUCUCUCCGAUGUGAAGUGACAACUAUCGUCUUAACGCUGAAGAAUUCCUGCUCCUAUCUUAAAUCAAUGCACUAUGUUCUAUCUGCUAAAACAUCUCCUUCGGACUGGCUAGUUGAGGAUGCCAGCACUGAACCAAAUGGCUCAGCAAUUGCCAGACUUUUGAAGAAGUUACCGCCAAACUACAGGCCACCAUCUGUUUUGGGAGUUGCUGUUCCACUCACAGAAAACUUUUAUAAUGCUGACCCCAGCAAGCCUAAACUGAGGGAUUAUUUUACAAAUUCAAAAAAUUCUGGACAGUACAAGCAAUGUGCUGGCAAGUCAAAGCGCUCCGAAUGUGGAUGUACAGAAAAUAUGAAGCUGUCAUUUUCUGUUGCCUUUUCUGAUUGCAAGGAGAAGGCCCUGCGAAUGAAAUUCCCAGUAUCAAGGCUUCCUCUCUAUUUCACCAUUGAGGAUGAGGGUCGCUCUGUAAAUCUGACAUCUCCUUAUUUUAUCACAAUCAUAGAAGUCAACAACAGAACCAACUGGAAAGUUUUAGGUAGCAAUACAACAUCAAGUACGUUAAAAAUGAAAAAAUAUUUGGAGCACAGACUCAAAACUGAACUAUAUAAUCCAGAGGGCCUAUCUAUAACGAUAACUGUAAGUGCCGGAGAAAAUACAUACAGUGGUACGUCAGGUUACAAACACGUUGGGUUACAAACACUUUGGGUUACAAACACGUUGGGUUACAGAGGAUCUGAGCUUUUCCAUUUCAGGGUAUCAACUAUUCCUGGAGUCUCCUUUUGUAACUUAUUUGAUGAAUUUCAGAUUUAUAUUGACGAUUCUCCACUGGCAUUCCCAGGAAACUAUCUUAUCGGUACAAUGACAUCUAUAUUAAUUGGAGGCAUUAUUUUUGUGGUAUUUAUUCUGUAUGUAUUUGAAAUUGAGAUACGGAACUUCUUUAAAAGGAAACUAAGAAGAAAUAAAGUGGCAUCAAAACCCUCACCCAAGAGAGAUUCAGUAGAUUCUGGUGAUUCCGCAGGAAGGUGACUGGCAAAUUAAUAAUGUUAUAAAAUAUGUUGGUUUUUAAAGAUGCUGUAAGACCCCCUCUUGCUUUCUUCAAGACCUAUGUUUCACAAAUGUUAAUGGUAUUUUUUUGAACGAAUAUAUGUAAAACUAUUUCAUCUUUAGCUGUAGUCUUUCUGUUUAGGAAAAAUAUUUUUGAAAAGA